GGCAAAAUACGAGUGACAACAUUUUGUAAUGCAAAUGGCCGCUAAUAGAAAUAUUGCGGUUAAUGGUUAACAAAAUGUUUAGUUCCUUUGCUUCUUACCAGUUGUUACCUAAAUAAAGUUAAUAAAAAUACUAUUAGGAGUUAUCAAAAGUAACCGGCGCAGCGAUGUCGCUGCCGCCAUACCUAUUGGGGCCCAACCCCUGGGCCACCAUGAUGGCGCAGCAGCAGCUAGCGGCAGCUCAACAAGCAGCGCUCCAAGCGCAUGCUGCCGCUGCUGCUGCUGCACCGCCCGUGCCGCCGACCCAGCCACCUAAACCUCACCACAUACCAGAAGAAAAGAUCAAAGAGAAAGCUCAAAAAUGGCUUCAGCUGCAAUCAAAGCGUUUCUCGGACAAGAGGAAAUUUGGUUUUGUGGACGCCCAAAAGGAAGACAUGCCUCCGGAGCACAUUCGAAAGAUAAUCCGAGAUCAUGGCGAUAUGACCAGUCGCAAGUAUCGUCAUGACAAACGAGUGUAUCUGGGAGCCCUUAAAUAUAUGCCGCAUGCUGUAAUGAAGCUUCUAGAAAACAUGCCCAUGCCCUGGGAACAGAUCAGAGAUGUCAAUGUCCUGUACCACAUCACUGGUGCUAUAACAUUUGUCAAUGAGAUUCCCUGGGUCAUAGAGCCAGUGUAUAUCGCGCAAUGGGGCACAAUGUGGAUAAUGAUGCGUAGAGAGAAACGUGAUCGUCGGCAUUUCAAGCGUAUGAGAUUCCCACCAUUUGAUGAUGAAGAACCACCUUUGGAUUAUGCUGACAACAUUUUGGAUGUUGAACCUCUGGAACCCAUACAAAUUGAAUUAGAUCCGGAAGAGGACGGAGCUGUGGCCUCGUGGUUUUACGACCACAAACCUUUAUUGGGAACAAAACACGUGAACGGCUCGACAUACAGAAAGUGGAAUCUUAGCUUACCACAGAUGGCUACACUAUAUCGUCUUGCAAAUCAGCUUCUAACUGACUUAGUAGACGAUAAUUACUUCUACCUAUUUGAUUCUAAAAGUUUCUUUACCGCCAAAGCCCUGAACAUGGCAAUUCCCGGAGGUCCCAAGUUUGAACCACUUGUCAAAGACAACUCUGCCGGUGAUGAAGACUGGAAUGAAUUCAACGACAUCAACAAGAUUAUUAUUCGUCAGCCGAUCAGAACAGAGUACAGAAUAGCUUUCCCAUACCUUUACAACAACUUGCCGCAUUUCGUCCAAUUAUCCUGGUAUCAUACUCCCAAUGUGGUGUAUAUAAAAACAGAAGAUCCCGACUUGCCAGCCUUCUACUUUGAUCCGCUUAUCAAUCCAAUCUCUCACCGUCAUACCGUGAAGUCAUUAGAUCCAAUUCCGGAAGAGGAAGAUUUCUUGCUACCUGAAGAAGUAACGCCAUUCCUGCAGGAAACGGCUUUGUACACAGACAACACUGCUAACGGGAUCGCUUUACUGUGGGCUCCGCGACCUUUUAGUAUGAGAUCAGGUCGUUCCCGGCGAGCGAUCGACGUUCCUCUCGUGAAGACAUGGUACAAGGAGCACUGCCCGCCAGGACAACCCGUGAAAGUGCGUGUGUCAUAUCAAAAACUACUCAAGUACUACGUGCUUAAUUCGCUCAAACAUAGGCCACCUAAGCCACAGAAGAAAAGAUAUCUCUUCCGUUCGUUCAAAUCGACGAAGUUCUUCCAAACUACAACUUUGGAUUGGGUGGAGGCUGGUCUCCAAGUAUGCAGACAGGGCUACAACAUGCUCAAUCUGCUGAUACACAGAAAGAAUCUUAAUUACUUGCAUUUAGAUUAUAAUUUCAACUUGAAACCAGUCAAGACUCUCACUACUAAAGAGAGAAAGAAGUCUCGGUUUGGUAAUGCAUUCCACUUGUGCCGCGAGAUCCUCCGCCUCACUAAACUGAUAGUGGAUUCUCAUGUUCAAUAUCGUCUGAACAACGUGGACUCGUUCCAGCUAGCGGACGGUCUACAGUACAUCUUCGCUCACGUCGGCCAACUCACCGGCAUGUACAGAUACAAGUACAAACUCAUGAGACAGAUACGAAUGUGCAAGGACUUGAAACAUCUCAUCUACUACAGAUUUAAUACGGGUCCAGUAUCUAAGGGUCCAGGUUGUGGUUUCUGGGCACCUGGUUGGCGUGUGUGGUUGUUCUUCAUGCGAGGUAUCACGCCGCUACUUGAGCGUUGGCUUGGAAACCUAUUGUCGAGACAAUUCGAGGGUCGCCAUUCGAAAGGGGUCGCAAAAACGGUGACGAAACAGCGCGUAGAGUCGCACUUCGACCUGGAACUGCGAGCAUCCGUCAUGCACGAUAUUGUGGACAUGAUGCCGGAAGGUAUCAAACAGAAUAAGGCCAGAACAAUCCUACAGCAUCUCUCUGAAGCCUGGAGAUGCUGGAAAGCUAAUAUUCCCUGGAAGGUCCCAGGUCUUCCUACUCCCAUAGAAAACAUGAUACUUCGUUACGUUAAAAUGAAGGCGGACUGGUGGACAAAUACAGCGCACUACAACAGGGAGAGAAUACGUCGCGGUGCCACUGUAGACAAAACCGUCUGUAAGAAGAACUUGGGAAGACUAACACGACUGUACUUAAAGGCUGAGCAGGAAAGACAGCAUAAUUAUUUAAAGGAUGGUCCAUACAUAUCCCCUGAAGAAGCAGUCGCUAUUUACACGACAACAGUCCAUUGGCUCGAGUCCCGACGUUUCGCGCCCAUACCGUUCCCGCCCCUGUCAUACAAACACGACACCAAACUACUCAUAUUGGCUUUGGAGAGACUGAAAGAAGCUUACAGCGUUAAGUCGAGGCUCAAUCAAAGUCAAAGGGAAGAACUGGGUCUUAUAGAACAGGCGUAUGAUAACCCACACGAGGCGCUGUCUAGGAUAAAACGUCAUUUGCUCACACAGAGGACUUUCAGAGAAGUGGGCAUAGAGUUUAUGGACCUCUACUCACAUCUAGUGCCAGUAUACGACGUGGAACCUCUAGAGAAGAUAACGGACGCGUACCUCGAUCAAUAUCUUUGGUAUGAAGCUGACAAACGACGUCUUCUACCGCCGUGGGUGAAACCCGCUGACACAGAGCCCAGUCCGCUCCUCGUCUAUAAAUGGUGUCAAGGUAUCAACAAUCUUCAAGAUGUAUGGGAGGUCGGCGAAGGUGAAUGCAACGUUUUGCUAGAGUCGAGAUUUGAAAAACUCUAUGAGAAGAUUGAUCUGACACUGCUGAAUCGUCUCUUGCGUUUGAUAGUGGACCACAACAUUGCUGAUUACAUGACGGCUAAGAACAACGUCGUUAUUAAUUACAAGGAUAUGAAUCAUACAAAUUCCUAUGGUAUCAUUCGGGGUUUGCAAUUUGCUUCCUUCAUAGUUCAGUACUAUGGUCUUGUACUGGAUCUGUUAGUGCUGGGUCUGCAGCGGGCCAGCGAAAUGGCUGGACCUCCCCAACUACCAAACGACUUCUUAUCUUACCAAGAGAGGCCGGCGGAACAGGCGCAUCCUAUAAGACUGUAUUGCAGAUACAUUGACAGAAUACAUAUUUUCUUCAGAUUCACAGCAGAAGAAGCUCGCGACCUCAUCCAAAGGUACCUGACGGAACAUCCCGACCCCAAUAAUGAGAAUAUCGUCGGCUACAACAAUAAAAAGUGCUGGCCGCGUGACGCCAGAAUGAGACUCAUGAAACACGAUGUUAACUUGGGUCGAGCGGUGUUCUGGGAUAUUAAGAACCGUCUUCCACGUUCCGUCACCACUAUACAGUGGGAGAAUAGUUUCGUCUCGGUCUACUCCAAGGACAACCCCAACUUGUUAUUCAACAUGGCCGGAUUUGAGUGCAGGAUAUUGCCUAAAUGCCGUAGUCUUCACGAAGAGUUGUCACAUCGCGAUGGUGUUUGGAAUCUACAAAACGAAGUAACCAAGGAACGCACAGCUCAAUGCUACCUGAGAGUGGAUGACGAAUCACUGGCACGGUUCCAUAACCGUGUCAGACAGAUAUUGAUGGCCUCGGGUUCAACGACCUUCACCAAAAUUGUCAACAAAUGGAAUACCGCUUUAAUCGGUCUUAUGACGUACUUCCGUGAAGCCGUAGUAAACACUCAAGAGCUAUUAGACCUGCUAGUGAAAUGCGAGAACAAAAUUCAAACUCGUAUUAAAAUUGGUUUGAACUCAAAAAUGCCUUCGCGUUUCCCGCCUGUUGUGUUCUACACGCCCAAAGAGUUAGGCGGGCUUGGGAUGUUGUCUAUGGGUCACGUUCUGAUUCCACAGUCGGAUCUGCGUUGGUCAAAACAAACAGACGUUGGCAUCACUCACUUCCGAUCGGGAAUGUCACAUGAUGAAGAUCAGCUGAUUCCUAAUCUUUAUCGUUACAUACAACCAUGGGAGGCUGAGUUUGUUGACUCACAGAGAGUAUGGGCUGAGUACGCUCUCAAGAGACAGGAGGCUAAUGCUCAGAACAGGCGUCUCACACUCGAAGAUUUGGAAGACUCCUGGGAUAGAGGUAUACCAAGAAUAAAUACACUCUUCCAAAAGGACAGACACACACUUGCAUAUGACAAAGGAUGGCGUAUUCGUACCGAGUUUAAACAGUAUCAAGUACUAAAACAAAAUCCGUUCUGGUGGACACAUCAGAGACACGACGGAAAAUUAUGGAAUCUGAACAACUACCGUACUGAUAUGAUACAGGCUUUGGGAGGAGUGGAAGGAAUUCUGGAACACACAUUGUUUAAGGGCACCUACUUCCCUACUUGGGAGGGUUUGUUCUGGGAGAAGGCAUCCGGUUUCGAGGAGUCGAUGAAAUAUAAAAAACUGACAAACGCUCAACGAUCUGGUUUGAACCAGAUUCCAAACCGACGGUUCACCUUAUGGUGGUCACCGACCAUCAACAGAGCCAAUGUGUAUGUUGGUUUCCAGGUGCAAUUAGAUUUGACAGGUAUAUUCAUGCACGGCAAAAUACCAACACUCAAGAUAUCUCUUAUCCAGAUAUUUAGAGCUCACUUGUGGCAGAAAGUCCAUGAGUCCAUUGUUAUGGACUUGUGUCAAGUGUUUGAUCAAGAAUUGGAUGCUCUGGAAAUAGAAACAGUACAAAAGGAAACCAUUCAUCCUCGAAAAUCAUACAAGAUGAACUCCUCAUGUGCAGACAUUUUACUCUUCUCAGCCUACAAGUGGAAUGUCUCCCGUCCCUCACUGCUGGCUGACACAAAGGAUACAAUGGAUAAUACCACAACCCAGAAAUACUGGCUGGAUAUACAAUUACGUUGGGGAGACUAUGACUCGCACGAUGUCGAGAGAUACGCUCGAGCGAAGUUCUUGGACUACACCACGGAUAACAUGUCCAUAUAUCCUUCGCCCACUGGACUGCUGAUCGCUAUAGAUUUGGCUUAUAACUUGCACAGUGCAUAUGGUAAUUGGUUCCCGGGAUGCAAGCCGCUCAUACAACAGGCGAUGGCGAAAAUCAUGAAGGCAAAUCCAGCCCUUUAUGUGCUAAGGGAGCGUAUACGGAAGGCUUUACAGUUGUACUCGUCCGAACCUACUGAGCCAUACUUGUCCAGUCAGAAUUAUGGAGAGCUGUUCUCAAAUCAGAUUAUUUGGUUUGUCGACGACACGAACGUGUACCGUGUAACUAUACACAAGACCUUUGAAGGAAAUCUCACAACUAAACCUAUUAACGGAGCCAUCUUCAUAUUCAACCCUCGGACUGGACAACUGUUCCUCAAGAUCAUCCACACCAGCGUGUGGGCCGGUCAGAAACGUCUUGGACAGCUCGCUAAAUGGAAAACAGCUGAAGAAGUGGCCGCCCUGAUUCGUUCCCUGCCUGUUGAAGAACAACCCAAACAGAUUAUUGUCACAAGAAAGGGAAUGUUGGAUCCACUUGAGGUGCACUUGCUAGACUUCCCCAACAUUGUCAUCAAAGGUUCCGAACUGCAGCUACCGUUCCAAGCGUGUCUUAAAGUGGAGAAAUUCGGAGACCUCAUCCUCAAGGCCACAGAGCCACAGAUGGUGCUCUUCAACUUGUAUGAUGAUUGGUUAAAGACUAUAUCUUCUUAUACCGCAUUCAGCAGAUUGAUACUCAUUCUGAGAGCGUUACACGUGAACACUGAGCGAACUAAGGUACUUCUGAAACCAGACAAGACUACACUCACUGAACCACAUCACAUCUGGCCCACACUCACCGAUGAUGACUGGAUCAAGGUGGAAGUGCAACUCAAGGACCUUAUAUUGGCUGACUACGGCAAAAAGAAUAACGUAAACGUGGCAUCACUAACACAAUCGGAAAUCCGCGACAUUAUACUUGGUAUGGAAAUAUCAGCUCCGUCAGCACAGAGGCAGCAGAUAGCCGAGAUUGAGAAACAGAGCAAGGAACAGAGCCAGCUCACAGCGACCACGACCAGGACUGUUAACAAACACGGAGACGAGAUCAUCACCUCCACCACCAGCAACUACGAGUCGCAGACCUUCAGUUCCAAAACCGAAUGGCGGGUGAGAGCGAUAUCAGCGACCAAUCUUCACUUGAGGACAAACCACAUCUAUGUAAGCUCUGAUGACAUCAAGGAAAGCGGCUAUACUUAUAUAUUGCCAAAGAACUUGCUCAAGAAGUUUGUCACCAUAUCCGAUUUGAGAGCGCAGAUCGCCUGCUACCUGUACGGCACAUCGCCUCCUGACAACCCUCAAGUCCGUGAAGUACACUGCGCGGUUCUUCCUCCUCAAUGGGGAACACAUCAGACUGUACAUCUACCGCGACAACUUCCUAAACAUCCAGCUUUAGCCCACCUUCAACCAUUGGGAUGGAUGCACACUCAGCCUAACGAACUGCCACAACUUUCGCCACAGGAUAUAACCACUCACGCCAAAAUAAUGGCGGAAAAUCAGACGUGGGACGGUGAGAAGACGAUCAUAAUCACGUGCUCCUUCACACCGGGGUCGUGUUCGCUGACUGCAUACAAGUUGACACCGAGCGGAUAUGAAUGGGGCGCCAAGAACACGGACAAAGGCAAUAAUCCCAAGGGAUAUCUCCCUAGCCACUAUGAGCGAGUGCAAAUGUUACUGUCCGAUCGAUUCCUAGGAUACUUCAUGGUGCCUUCACAGGGUAGCUGGAAUUAUAACUUCAUGGGUGUCCGUCACGAUCCCAACAUGAAGUAUGGCGUUCAGCUGGGGAAUCCCCGCGAGUUCUACCACGAGGUGCAUCGACCUGCACACUUUAUGAACUUCGCGGCAAUGGAGGAUUCAGUCGCGCCCAUACCAGCUGCUGACCGAGAGGAUUUCUUCGCCUAGUUAUAUAAUUGAACGGUUAUAAAUAAACACUCUUUAUAGCCGACAGUUUGAAAUACAUAUAGUACUAAGAAUAUCAGUUUUUAUAAAGUCUGAAAUAAUUAGAUUUUUUUUAUGAAAACUGUAAUUAAAUACGACUAGAAUUAAA